AUGGCGAACGGCAAAUCUGGGUUUGAUGAUUUCCAAAUGAAUGCCAUGGAGGCCAUGGCGACAGACGGGGCCGGCCCAGACUCGGGAGCAGCGGGAUUCGCUGAGAAAGGGGCGGCAAUCGCGCAAGGCGACAGUGAAGGCGACCCCAGCAUCAACUACUUGGCCGGAUGGCGACUGCAUGCCAUGACACUGGGCCUCUCGCUCGGCCUCUUUCUCGUCAACUUCGAAAUCACCAUUGCCAGCACCGCCCUCGUUAACAUCAUCGACGAUCUGCAAGAGUUCAAGCGCAGCAGCUGGAUCCUGACUGCGUAUCUGAUCACCUACGUGGCCGGCAUCGUGAUCUGGGCCAAGCUCAGCGACCUGUUGGGGCGCAAGCCAACCUGUAUCGCAGCCCUGCUCAUCUUCGCGGCCUUCUCGGGCGGGUGCGGUGCCGCGCAGAAUCUGGUGCAGCUCGUUGUUUGCCGAGCUUUCCAGGGCAUCGGCGGCUCCGGCAUCUACGCGGUCGACAUGGCCAUGCUCUAUGAGCUCGUUCCUCCGGUCCGAUACCCCUUGUACAUGGCCACCGUGACGGCCGUGGUCGCGCUGGCUUUUGCUUUGGGCCCCGUGCUGGGCGGCAUCAUCUCGACGUGGAGAUGGGUGUUUCUCUUCAACGUGUCCGCUGCCCUCGCCGCGGCAGCCAUCCUCCUCCUCGCCGUACCCUCCGGUUUCCCCCGGCACGGCCAAAGCAUGCUUUUUCCGACGGAACGCCGCAGCUCCCUGCUCAAGUUACAUCACGGGCCUGGAAGAGGCCGCUUAGCGACUCGACUGGAGCGGUGCCACCGUGUUGGGUCCGCGGUGGUGUGGGCCGCCUUCUUCGCGAACUCGUGGAGGGCGACCGGAAGGCAGGACACGAGUAGGAGCGCAGUCGAGCCGGUAUUGCCUUGGCGGUUUGUCAUGUCGAGGCCUGUGGCUGGCUUGCUGCUAACGUCCUUCAUGAUCGGCGCGGUCAGCAUCACCUGCAUCUUCCAGCUCCCGCUCCGGUAUCAGACAUCGGCCGGACUCAACGCCCUGCAGGCAGGUGUCCGGAUGAUUCCCCUUGCUAUUUGCGGACCCAUCGGCACCAUUGUCUGCGCGGUGCUGUGCAAGGGCGAGCGCCUGCCUCCCCUUUAUCUGGCCAUAGCGGGAUCGGUCCUGCAGAUACUGGGUCUUGUUUUUCUUGCCCGCGGCGAUCCCGCAGAUGCAGACUGGCAUGGCCUGUACGGUCUCGAGGUGGUGGUUGGAUUGGGUUUCGGAAUGUGCUUGGGCGCAGCACCUAACAUUCCUGUCCGCGUUUCGGUCGGGGCAGCAGCGCCCGUCCAGCUCCGGUAUCUCAGCAGCGCAACGGUCAUACCGAUCAUCAACGCAGUUGGAAACACUAAGCUACGAAACGAGCUUCUGGGCAUCUUGCCCCCUGAGCAGAUACUGGCGAUUUUCCGAUCUAGCGAGGUCAUCAAGACGCUGCCUAGUGCGGAACUCCAGAGAACGGUGCGCAGCCACUUCGUCGAGAGCUUCAACUUGGAGAUGCACAUUGUGCUCGGCUUUGCUGUUGUCGGCGUUUUCACUGCGUUGUUGAUGUGGCAGCGAAAUCAGGUCAGGGUUCCUUGA